GGCGGGCCCGGGGGUCGGACCGUCGCGCGGCCCUAACCGUCGCUCAGGGCGGUUGUUCCCGCGGCUGAGGAGCACCGCGCUCGGGGCCGGGUCCCGCCGCUCCGCGGAGGCGCCUCCUGCCCGGCCCGGUGGGGGCGGGCGCCAGGUGUUGCUUCUGGAAAAUGCCAAACCGGAAGUAUGCUGAUGGCGAGGUGGUGAUGGGUCGUUGGCCAGGGAGCGUCCUGUACUAUGAAGUGCAAGUCACAAGUUAUGAUGAUGCUACUCAUCUUUAUACUGUGAAGUACAAAGAUGGUACCGAACUUGCUUUGAAGGAAAAUGAUAUAAGGUCACAGUCAUCAUUCAAGCACAGGAAAAGCCAGUCUUCUUCAAGUUCUCCUUCCAGAAGAAGUACAAGCAGAUCUCGAUCCAGAUCUCCUGGUCGGCCAGCAAAAGGCAGACGUCGCUCUUCUUCCCAUAGCAGGGAGCAUAAAGAUGACAAAAAGAAAAUCAUUCAGGAAACCAGUCUAGCUCUACUGAAACCAAGUGAGAACAACACCAGAAGGUACAAUGGUGAACCUGACAGUACAGAAAGAAAUGACACAUCCAGCAAACUCUUGGAGCAAAAGUUGAAACCAGACCUGGAAGUAGAGCGUGUGCUUGACCAGUACGGCUUGCGUUCAAGAAGAGAAGAAAAGAAAAAAGAAGAGAUCUAUUCAGAGAGAAAGAUUUUUGAGACAAUAAAAACUACUGAGAAAGCAUCACCAAAAACAAAGGAGCUAGAAUUUGGUGGAAGAUUUGGGACCUUCAUGCUGAUGUUUUUCCUGCCUGCUACUGUAUUGUACUUACUGCUGAUGUGCAAACAAGAUGACCCCAGCCUUAUGAAUUUCCCUCCUCCUCUCCCAGCACUUGAAAGUCUUUGGGAAGCUAAAGUGUUUGGUGUCUUUCUUCUGUGGUUUUUCUUUCAAGCUCUCUUUUACUUACUGCCAAUUGGAAAGGUCGUGGAAGGGCUGCCUCUUUCAAAUGGAAGGAAGCUGCAGUACCGGAUCAAUGGGUUUUAUGCUUUUGUUUUGACUGCUGCAGCUAUUGGAACCUUACUGUAUUUCCAGUUCGAACUUCAUUAUUUGUACGAUCACUUCUUGCAGUUUGCAGUGUCAGCUGCAGCUUUUUCUAUGGCAUUGAGCAUUUAUUUGUAUAUCCGGUCCUUGAAGGCACCUGAGGAAGACCUAGCACCAGGUGGAAAUUCUGGUUAUCUUGUUUAUGACUUUUUUACUGGACAUGAAUUAAACCCUCGUAUUGGCAGUUUUGACCUCAAAUAUUUCUGUGAGUUACGUCCAGGAUUAAUUGGCUGGGUUGUUAUAAACUUGGCAAUGCUCCUGGCUGAGAUGAAGAUACAUAAUCAAAGCAUGCCAUCGCUGUCAAUGAUACUCGUGAACAGCUUUCAGCUUCUGUAUGUGGUGGAUGCCCUUUGGAAUGAGGAAGCUGUUUUGACUACAAUGGAUAUUACCCAUGAUGGAUUUGGAUUCAUGCUAGCCUUUGGAGAUUUGGUGUGGGUUCCAUUUGUCUACAGUCUGCAGGCCUUCUAUUUAGUUGGACACCCUAUUGAGAUUUCCUGGCCCGCUGCAGCUGCAAUUACUAUUCUGAACUGUAUUGGGUAUUACAUAUUCCGCAGUGCAAAUUCUCAGAAAAACAAUUUCCGAAGGAAUCCAGCAGAUCCCAAAUUGUCCUAUCUGAAAGUCAUACCCACUGCAACUGGAAAAGGACUUCUUGUCACAGGUUGGUGGGGGUUUGUUCGUCACCCCAAUUACCUUGGUGAUAUCAUCAUGGCACUUGCGUGGUCCCUACCCUGUGGUUUUAAUCACAUCUUGCCAUAUUUCUAUGUGAUUUAUUUCAUCUGCUUGCUUGUUCAUCGAGAAGCUCGUGAUGAACACCAUUGUAAGAAAAAAUAUGGUUUGGCAUGGGAAAGGUAUUGUCAGCGUGUACCAUACCGCAUAUUUCCUUACAUCUACUAGUGCACUCCAUAUCCCUGAUUUGCAAAUUAAAAUAUACCUCUUACCUUUGCACUUGGUCUUUUUGUUAUCUAGGCUUUAAAAAUUAAAUGUGACCAAACGAUGGAGUGCUUCGACGAGUAUUUACAAGUAAUCUUAAAUACUUAUGAGUUAUGUGAACUGACUGUCUAUGACCUCAAUUUAAAAAAAAAAAUUGUGAAUUUUAAAAAGUCUUGGAGCCCUAAUUUUUCAAGUUAAAUUUUAUCUAGAAUUCUGAGUUUACAUUUUUUUUAUUGCAUUAAUUAAGCACUGUGAUGUAAAGUAUAUUAUUUUCUUAAUACAAUAAAUACAGGAGUUCCAUCCAGUUAAUUUUUUUUGGUGUUACUUGUACCAUCUAACUUCAGAUGUCUGACUGACCUGUCUGAAUGCAGAGAGCAGAGGCUCUGGGCAGCAGAGCUGCAAGCGGAGGAUUCAGCCCCUGGGAGGGCCCACGCUCUCUGUGCUGUUGCCCUGUGGCCCUGCUCUGGGUAGUGGGAUUUUUGGGCAGGAGGGUUCUGAACGGCCCCUCCUGACCUGUGCCUGCUGGAGGGAUGGAUGAAUGGGAAGGAGGGCACAAAUAUCCCCUCCGUCCUACUUCCCUAUUCCUGAGGCAGGAGGGAUGCUCGAGCAGCCCUGGCAGUGCCCCAGACCCCCUGCGGGGGCUCAGACCCCUGAAGGUAGAUGAUACAAAAGCUCCUUCCAGCUGCGGGCAGAGCUGUAGGAGUGGUGAAUUCUAAUCUAGCAUCUUAGCAGUGAGCACAGGGGUAGCAAAAGGUGCAGCGUGUGCAUAUUUGACAGAAAAGAAUGAAAUGACCACAGUGGGCUUAUUCUGAUCUUUGUAAAAUAUGUCUUAAUGUACCAUAGCAUUUCCUGAGUGUGUAUAAUAAAGCUUCCAAGUUUUUUGCUGUACAGUGUUUGGAUUUGAAAAGCCGCUUUUUUAGGAACAGGAGAAAUUUUUAACUAAAUCCAUUUCCGGUAAUUUUUUAAAACGUUCAUUUAAUAAAGAUUUUUUGUAAAUUAAUGUAUUAAUUCUCAAAACAAUUGAAGUGUUCAUUUAAAUAUUUGUAUUGACAGAUAUGCUAUGAAAAUGUGGUAAGUGCUCCUCUGUCCAAAGUGUGUUUUUUGGUUUUAUUUUUUUUUUUUCCAAUUUGGCAUUGCUACCUCAUAUGCAGGUUUUGCCUUUUGUACUGUUGCAGAUAGAGAUAAUAGCUAUUUUUUUGCUACUGCUAUUUAAACCAACAUUUUUUACAUGAGCCUGUGGUUAAACUCAGCCACGUUCUAAUAUAUUUUUGUAUAUAAUUGAAUUUCUAACUAAUGUAUGUGUUCUAGGCGUUAGUUGUAUUCUUUGUCUAACUGGCUGUAAAUCAGAUGCCACUUAAGUAAGUAUUUUGCUUCAUAAGUAGAGUAAUUUUAUAUUUUACUGAAAUAAUCUUGCAUUAACUAACUAGAGCUAGCAUUUAAUUCCAUCUUCACAAGGGUUAACUUUUCACAUACUUCCUAUGUGAGGUUUAUAGCACAAAUUCUCCCCAAAGCUUAUUAGAGUUUUGAAUGUAGCAGGGAGGGAAUUGCAAGUACGGCUGCAGUUGCUUGCAGGAAGAUUACUAACAAACAAAUGAGAACGUUGCAAUUGGUUAAUCAUGUUCAGUUCUUUUUAAAUAUUGCUGUAAUUGAAAUCUAGCAUGCGAUGGGGUUUCUGUUUUUAAUUAAAAACCCUCUAUUUUGUACACAUGCAUUUUUAAUGAUAAUUGUACAUGUAAAGUGUAUAUAAUGUAGCUUGCUGGGCUUGAUUGUGAGCGUCCUCAGAAAAUCUGUAUUUUGGUGUUGUAAGGAACAUGUGUUAGGACAAGUAUUCUGAUUUCUGGGACAAAUAGCAGUGCCUGUAACAACACUGAAGAGCAAUCUCUUGUGUGAAGCAGCAGAUUAAACUGGGCUUUUUUAAUGCUUUUUUUUUUUUUUUUUUAAAUGAUUGCUUAUUGGAUUAGUAGGAAUAGGAAUUGUUCAACUGCACCGGCUUGCAGCUGGUGUUUUAAAGUAUACUGAAGCUGGGGACAGUAUAACUCCCCAGCCCUUAAGCUCUGAGUUGCUACUGCCAUCCCAGUUUUAUCUGUUUCCCACACAAGAUUAUUAAACCGUAAUUCAGACCCUUUCCUUUCAGAAAGGGGUCUUGGCUGAUAACUUCAGUUUCUUUUACAUGUUGAAUUUGAUGUGAAUUUGAUUUUGAAGUAAUUGUUUUUAAUACAAACAAGCAUAUAAGCUAAAAUAAAGCUCUUGCUUAAAAUUA